UCGGGGUUCACGUUGCCAGCGGAAGUGGAAGCUCUCAUGGCACAUGAAGGUUGUUACUGUGCUCAUGGUUCCUGCAAGUCCUUGGAUCGCGCGCAUGCCUCCUUUCCGUGACGAUGGAAUGGGAAUGGGGUGGGGACCACCACGAAUGGACCGUAGUUUGUUCUUGGACUUCUGUAUCAAGACAGUUUUUUUAUGAUGCUUUUCCGCUGCGGCUUCGCUCGCGAGUGAAUCCGGCGUUCGGAUCAAAAUGUACUCUGCCUCCGGUAGACCACCUCCUCCCAAACCAUGGGAGACCUCAGGAUCCGCUAUUAGUAGUGACAGAGGGCCGUCUCCCUUUGCACCUCCUUCGACUGCUAGCCGUACUGCUGCAGUUGUUGCAGCAUCAUCCAGAGGAGGCGAUGGCACAGUUGCAGAGGCAGAUGGGUCUGAUGGCAAGAGAAAUGGGACCGCUGGAGAAUCAAAUUGGGCCGAGACAAGUGGGCCUCUGGUUGCUGGAAGACCAAUGCCGCCCAGGCCCCCAGUCUACAAUUCAUCGCUGAGUCGAACCGGCUACAGCGGUUUGGGGUAUGGAGGGGGUGCAGUUGGUAAUGGCUAUGGAGGGGGAGCAAUUGGUCAUCAUGGCUAUGGAGGAUAUGGGUAUGGAGCAUAUGGCAGAGCAGGCAUGUACGGGGGGGGGAUGGGAGGCAUUGGAAACUACGGGGGUAUGUAUGGCGGAUAUGGGGGUUAUCGAUCUGGAAUGUAUGGUGGAUAUGGGGGUUAUGGUGGCAUGGGUGGUGCGUAUGGGAUGGACGGCGGAUAUGGAGUGGGCAGCGGUUACGGAAUGGGGGGUGGCUACGGGAUGGGGGGUGGUUACGGAAUGGCUGGUGGGUAUGGUCCUGGAAUGGGUGACCCGAAUAACCCGUCCGAUGGACCACCUCCGACUCCUCCUGGACCCUGGCGGUCCUUUCUUAAAGUGAUGCAUGUAAUAAUGUCAUUUUGUGGGCGACUGUCAAUCCUAGUCGACGAAAAUACGCAUGCCUUUCACUUCUUUAUCACUGCUCUCCUUCAGGAUCAAUCAGAUUCUUCCGAAGGAGGAUCCAUUGGAGGAGCAGCCAAAAGAAUGUGAUUUGUGUCUCGUGACUCUCGUCCUUUGGUGGAUCUUUUUGUGACGCUGCCCUGUGUUCUUCCUUCUUUUUAGUAAAUUCUGCAAUCGAAG